AAAUCUGAAAAUGCAUUAAACCCUCCCAAUCUCUUCUUGAUUCCUUCCUUCCUUUUCCCACCUCCUCUUCCUCAUUCUUUAUGUUCAUGUCUAGGGUUUUUGCUUAAGAGGAAGAGAAAGAUAUGGAAACUAGGGAAUGGGCAUAUGGGGUGCCACAAGUGAGUGUGGUAGGGGAUGGAUAUUGUUUUCCAUAUUGCAAAGAGUUGGUGGUGAAGAAGAAGAUUAAGGGACUUUCCAAUGCCCUAUUCGAAGUUUUCGAUCCUUGUGGUAAUAUCAUUCUUCAUGUUGAAGGCGGUGUCUGGAACUUCCGCAUGAAGCGUGUUUUUCGAGAUGCUUCCGGCUUCCCUGUCCUUACUUUGUAUGGAAAGUCACUAACGUUGUGGCACAAGUGGAGCGCGUACAUCAACGAGGAGAGCCCAUCACCAGAAGGGACGAACAACAGCAGCAUUACCAACAACAAUAACAACAAUCUUUUGUUCACAGUGAAGCAAUCCCACCCUCUCCAAAUCAAGAAGGAUCUCAAUGUUUACCUUGCCGACCACCAUACUCUCAGCAACAACAAUAUAAACAAUCCAAUGAAGAAAAUUGGCGCGCCGGACUUCAACGUCAUCGGCUCCUACACCUCCCUCUCCUUCAAAGUCUACAAAGGUCACAGGAUUUUGGCCGAAGUCAAACACAACUUCACCUUGGAGAGCUUCUACAAGGGGAAAGAAAGGUACACCAUCAAAGUCUAUCCCGAGGUUGAUUAUGCCUUCAUCAUCGCCCUCCUUGUUAUCAUUGACGAGAACGAUACUCCUUAGACUAACAAUAUACUUGGUUAGUGAGAAUGUAACAUUUCCAAUAUCAGGAGGAUUGGAUUGACAAGCCCUCAUGAAAAAUAUCGCGUAGAAGAUGUCGAUAGGCUACAUAAUUCUGUAAGAUGUCAUGUAACUUUUUUUGGUGUAUAACUUGAUUGUGGAUAUUAGUUGGCGACUGCGCGGCUUCCCUGUUGAUUAAUUGAGAGAAGGUAAUUGUCUGUUGG